CUCUGGAUUGACACCCCCACUUCAAUCCUUCUGAUCUAAGUGAAAAAGGGGCACAUUUAAAAUCUAUCUCAAUUCCUCAACGCCGCGCACUUGAUGUAUAUUUCUACAAAUUCUUUCACUUUCUCUCGAUAACGCUGUCACUUGAACACUCUACAGUGUUUCCACUCAUUAAGCUUUACAAACUUUACUAAUAACUCUCAGGGCACGCACGCGCAUUGCAUGACUUGGCAGUAACGGUCAUGGCCGUAGCAUGGAGUCUUCUAUUUUGGCUUCUCAUGUUUGUGAUGAACUUGGCCUUCAUCGUUUCAAGUUUCUAUCAGCUUUUGUGCCUAGUGGACUUGGAGGGUGACCAAAUGAAUCCUUUUGAAGCAUCAGCUAGCAUCAAUUUCUGGGUUGUAAAAGAGUUUCUUCUGUACGGAGUAUUCUCUGUUCUUCUUCUUGUGACAGGGCAUUGGCUAAUAUUUCUCAUUACACUUCCCCUUGCUGGCUAUCAUGCGCUUCUGUAUAUGAAGCGUCAGCAUCUUAUUGAUGUCACCGAAGUUUUCAGAAAUCUUAAGGUCGAGAAGAAUCUUCGACUAUUCAAGCUUGGUUUCUACGUGGUUUUCUUUGUCAUAGUGGUGUUCAACCUUGCGAUAGCAACUUUUGAAGCUGUGUCUGGCAUGGAUGAUGACCUACAUACAUUUUAACUGUCCACUACUUGAGAACUAUGGUAACCUCACCUCACAUGUCUCUAUUAUAUGGUUUUAAUGCACGUAAAAAAAUGAAACCUUGGCUCAGAGAAAUAGAUGACUUAGUACAUAGAAGUUGCAUGAGUUUUACCAAACUGUUGUCAGGUUGGUUACCAUUUGUAAAUGUCAGUAUUGGAUGUGUUUCUAUUUAUUCAUUGAUUGGGAUGAUGCAUGUAUUCUGAGGUUUGGGUUAUUUAAAAUGUGAGAACAGUUCUCUCUUGGAGAGUAAUUUAAGUGGAUGCUUCGAAUCA